ACCAACCACUUGAGCGCCCUGUUGUCAUAGUUUCUGUUUAGAUCUAAACUUAGCUUUCAAGUGGUCAAAAUGUGUGCAACUUCUGCUGCAUUUCAAGUAAGUCGUUCCCCUGUAUUUUUUAAUCAGAAUGCUGCUGAACGCCACACGCCUCUGGGAGAAUGACUCCCUCUCCUGCUACAGCCCCUCGGUGGUGGGCUACCGCUACUUCGCCGUGCUGUGGGGCUGCGCCGUGACCGUCACUGGCACGGUGGGGAACGUGAUGACCAUCCUGGCCUUUGCAUUGGACUCUCGUCUGAGGACUCGCUUCAAUGUGCUGAUCAUCAACCUGGCAGCAGCUGACCUCCUGUACUGCACCGUCCUGCAGCCCGUCUCAGCUGACUCCUACCUGCACCUCCGGUGGCGCGGUGGCCAACUCUGGUGCCGCACCUUCGGCCUGCUCCUCUUCCUCUCCAACUCUGUCUCCAUCAUCACCCUGUGCUUGAUAGCAGUGAGCCGAUACCUCCUGGUGGCGAGGAGGGCCAUGUUUGACCGCGUCUUCUCCGGUCGUGGCCUCGCUCUCCUCCUGCCCUCCACCUGGGCGCUCGGCUUGGCCAGCUUUGGCCCGCUCUGGCCCGUCUACGUGUUUGUGCCACAGGUGUGCACAUGCAGCUUCCACCGGACCAAGGGUCGCCCCUACAGCACCAUCCUCCUCUUUUUCUACUUUUUCAUCGGCCUGGGCUGCGUCGGGUUGUUCUACCUACUCAUUUACAGACGCGUCCGGGUCGCAUCGCAGGCUCUGCUCCGCUACAGGCUCAGCCGCCGCUCCUCAAGGAAGAAGCCUGCAUCAUCUGUGCAAGGCACCGAGGACAGUGGCGUGAGCAGCGCGAUAGCCGACACGUGUAGCUGUGAGAUGACCAGCCAGGUGGACCCAGACAAGGGUGAAAUCACAUUGGAAAAGUCUACAGCUGACACUCUGACGCUCGCACAUUCUGUCCCCAGCUCUACUCAAGCUCCACAUCCGUCAGGGACGGGGCAGCCACCCCCGGCCACACCUGCGGCCUCCUCCUCCUCCAAGCCUGCGGCCCCAGGUGGAGAUGAUGGGGAAUUUAAACGCGUGACGCGAAUGUGCUUCACAGUUUUCCUGUGUUUUGUGUUCUGCUUUGCUCCAUUCCUGCUGAUCAACAUAGCCGACAAGCACAACCGGGCUCCCCAGGCGCUGCACAUGUUCAGUGCAAACCUCACCUGGCUCAACAGCUGCAUCAACCCGCUGCUCUACGCGGUCAUGAACCGCCAGUUCCGCCAGGCCUAUCUCCUCCUGCUCACCAGAGCUGCGGCACCCUUCACCUGCCGCGGCUCGUGAGCUCACUGAGAACUGUAAUGUUUCUCGCCAUAAAAGUGUGUGUGAUCCUCAGGAAAGGGCACACAGAUUGUGCCGGUGCUGCUUUAAAUCACCACCAACUCCUCAGUUACCCUUUUGUAUUAUUUGUGGAAAACUUUAUUUCUGGGCAACCAAAUGCACACACGCACUGUUAAAGUAUAUUUUCAAGCGAUUUUUAACAGUGAUAAGCCUUCAAUAAUCACUGGGUGUCACAAAAGGUGGUAAACUGCAUCAUUUAUAAACAUUUCUGCCUGUUCUUUCUCUCAGGCUCUCUGUUACCACCAUGUUAUCAUUUUAGGGAUUUCCAUGAGAAAAUUGAUGAAAGCUUUUAUAAUGUAUUUACAUUAUUAUUAUUAUUAUUAUUAUUAUUAUUAUUAUUAUUAAUAAUAAUAAUUCAGGACAUCUCAUGUUGUGUAACGCCUUCAGAGCAACAAGCCUGCGUCA